ACUCUCUCAAUCCUUCCCCUUCCUCCUCCCCACUCCCCAUUCUCUCUGUCUUUCUUUAUUCAACUUUGCUUUUCAUUCACUUUUACCCAAAUUCCCAUUUCCUCAUUUGGGUGAAGCAAUUUUUCAACAUCUAAAUCUGUUGAUGGACAACCAAUUCUUCCUCAAUCCUACUGGAAUCUCUCAAUCUCUUAUGCAUUUUGAUUCCAAUCCUUCCAUUGCUACUUGGCACCAACAAUUUUCAUCCCCCAUGGAUCUUCCAACUCAACUUCCUGACCUUACUCACUGUUCUUCUUCCUCUCACCAAUCGCCACCGGAUUGUUUUCUCAAUCCGGUUUCCGAUCAGAGCUUUCAAUUUGAUUCUGCUUUGAGUUCCAUGGUUUCUUCUCCAGCGGCCUCGAAUUCUAACAUAACCAAUGAGAGCUUCGCGAUCAGAGAACUGAUCGGUAAAUUAGGUGGAAAUUCUGAGAGGAGGAUCUUGGAAUUGAGUAAUUCUACUGCCGCCGCCGCAUUGCCUCCUUCUUCUUCGAGUGUGGCCGAAUUUUCGUCCGAUCCUGGAUUUGCUGAACGAGCUGCUAGGUUUUCGUGUUUUGGAAGUAGGAGUUUCAAUGGCCGCCAGUUGACGAACGAAUUCGGUAAUUAUAGAUCUCAUCUCUCCAUCGGUAAUGAGAAAUUGAGCCGAGUUUCGAGCAGUCCAUCGCUUAAAGCACUUGGAUCUGAAAUGAAUUUGCAAGAACACAAGAACAAUUCCUCAUCGCAAGAAGAUGAAUCGUCUCUCUCGAAUCAAGACAAAACGAUUACGAAUCCACGGAAGAGAAAAGCAAUUACGAAGGCUAAACUCAAAGAACCGGUGGUUGAAGCUACUCCCGAAAAAGAAAGUCCGAAGAAGUUGAAGACAGUGGAAAGAAAGGAAAACGUGAAAACGGAAGAGGAUUUGAAGAAAAACGAUGAAAAUUCAGCGGAAGAGAGACAAACAAAGGCGAAUUCAAAACCUCCUGAAGCUCCUAAAGAUUACAUUCAUGUUAGAGCAAGAAGAGGGCAAGCUACAGAUAGCCAUAGUCUUGCUGAAAGAGUUAGAAGAGAGAAAAUCAGUGAAAGAAUGAAGCUUCUUCAAGAUCUUGUACCAGGUUGCAACAAGGUAACUGGAAAAGCUUUGAUGUUGGAUGAGAUAAUCAACUAUGUGCAGUCAUUACAACACCAAGUUGAGUUUCUUUCCAUGAAGUUGGCUUCUGUGAAUACAACCAGGGUGGAUUUCAACGUGGAUUCUCUUAUCUCUUCUAAACAAAUGUACCAAUCAGGAACAAGUUUGACACAUCCUCAAAUUUCCCCUAUAGAUUCCUCAACUUCAAGCUUUUAUGGGCACCAAAAUUCCUCUCUUCCAACCACCUCUCAUUGCUCUGUGGACCCUAUUGACUCUGUUUUAUGCCAAAAUCUUCCUAUUCAACUCCCUCCUCUCAAUUCCUUCCUUCAAAAUCCCUCUCAGUAUCCAAAUUUCGGAGAAGAUGAACUUCAAAGCAUUGUUCAAAUGGGGUUCGUCCAAAAUCAGACUCAAGAAAUAUCAUUACAAUCUCACAACUUCAACUUAGGCUCAGAUCAAAUGAAAAUUGAACUCUGAUCUCUUCCUUCAACACCAUAUACAAAGGCGCUGCUGUUGUAAAUAUAAGAGAUUAAAUUUUCAAGCAUUGAUUAAAAGGCAAAAAAAUUCCCAAUUUAUCCCAUUUCUUAGGUCUAAUUAAGGAGAGAAAAAAUUACUUUGUCUUUUCUUUUUCUUUUUUUUUUUCUUUUCCAAUCUGUUUUAUAUUUUAAUAUUGUUGUUUUUUUUUUCUUCUAAUUUUGUGGGAUGAGAGAGGAAAGUUUCUACUUUUCUUACAACUUUCCACUGUAAAAUCUCUAGAAGCAAGUCUGUCCCUAAGGUGCAAAGUUGUAUAGCACCAAAUCGUAAGAUAAAAAAGCCAAAAAAAAAAAAAAAAAGGAGGGCUAAUUUAAGGGAUUAUUUUUUAUAA